CUUUUUAUUUAAUUUUCUAAAGUUUCUUCAAAUGUUCAUUUCUUUUUCCCUGUUUAAGAAAUGUACAAAGCUAGAAAUAUGAAACCGCGCGUUAGGAUUUGAAUUUGAAACUUCGGAUACUAACCAUCAGGCUCUUAGUCAACUGUGCGAGGUACAGUCGGUAUUAAAGAACAAUUUUUUAUUUUUAUGACUAGCAAAUUAGUACUUAACCAUUGGCCCGAAAUGCCGAAGCCGUCCAAGUGCAUAAGCACAAAAGUUACUAGUACUUAUGUGUGCUACUCACAUAUAUGACCAUUCAAACUCUCUGAGAUUCUGAUAUGGGACUAUUGAGAUGUCACAUUUAUGUCAGCCUUCCUGAUAUGAGACUAUCGAGGUGUCACAUUUAUGUCAGUCUUGCUGCUGCAUCACGGACUACUAUCAAUCUGCCAAUUGCUCGAAUUACAAUGUGGAGGAGGCUCUAUUACACCAAGAGUCCAAAGCUUUAUUUUGGAGCACUGCAUGGGCAACAUUGUGGAUCAAGGAACUUCUUAUAGCCACACAUAUAUUAGGAAUAUUCUCAAGAAGAUCAUAGUUGAUGCUGAAUCGUCAUCUGAUGUUGUGGUGGAUGGUCUUUAUGAGGAAUUUGGACAGUAUUUGACUCUGAAUCUGGAGGAAGGCUCGCAAAAAGAGAAUGAUAGAAUCUAUAGACAAGUCUCUUUUCUUUCUUCUACUAUUGAUGAUGAUGUUUGCUCAAAGCCGGUGAACUUGGUUGUUCGGCUGGUAUGUUCUCUCAACAUGCUUGAAGGAGAUACCGGGUGCUCUCUUUGGCCCUCAAGUCUUUUCUUGUCUGAGUUCAUUCUUUCUUAUCCAGAGAUCUUCUCAAACAAAUUCAACUUCGAGGUUGGCUCUGGUGUUGGUUUGGUUGGUAUUGCUCUCAAUUACGUUGGAGCUUCUAAGGUGAUUCUUUCUGAUGGCGACAUGUCUACUUUAACAAACAUGAAGGCUAAUGUGGAACUAAAUUGUACGAAUGGAAGCUCAAACAGGGUUGCUGAGUGCAAAUACCUGCCAUGGGAAUCAGCAUCUGAAGCCGAACUACAGCAAUAUCGGCCUGACAUAGUCUUGGGCGCAGACGUGAUUUACAACCCGCAGUGCUUGCCACAUCUUAUCCGAGUUCUUUCGAUCCUUUUGAAACCUCAGAAUCGGGAAGAGGUCGACAAUCGCAUUUCGUUGCAUGAGGCUGAAGGAUCUCCGGUUUCAUACAUCGCAACGGUCGUUCGGAACUUGGAUACCUUCAAUUACUUCCUCAGACUAGCCAGUGAAGCAAAUUUGUUAGUUCUCAACAUCUCGGAAACGGCAAAGCCGUUAAACCUGCUGCCGUAUAUGCUCUCCUACGACCAAUCGAAUGUUCGUCUGCUAAAAAUUUCUUUGAUAUGUGAUUGAACUUUGUAUUCACUCCAGACAAGUUUUAAUGUAACUUGUUGCCUUAAAGAUGAAAAAGAGUGCAGAGAUUUUGUGGUGUUCAUAA